CAUUAAAAAAUCUGACGUUGUCGUAAGAGCCGAAUCCUGCAGCCGUGAAGUGUGGCGUUUUGCCCCUUUCUUUUCCUCACGGAAGUAGACGCUGACUCAAAAGUAACACCUCCAACCUCCUUCAACUCUCUCUCUCUCUCUCUCUCUCUCUCUCUCUCUAAACUCCCAAUCAGCAUCUUCUUCGAUCUUCCUUGCCCGUUUCCCGAAUCUCAGCUGAAUAGCCAGACAUGGGCUGCACCCAGUCCAAGAUCGAGAACGAAGAAGCGGUCUCCCGCUGCAAAGAUCGCAAGCUCUUCAUGAAACAAGCCGUCUCCUUUCGUAACGCCUUCGCCGCCGCCCACUCCUCCUACGCCAUCUACUUGAAGAACACCGGCGCCGCCUUAAGCGACUACGCCCAGGGCGAGGUGCUCGGUCCAUACCCCCAGCCCAAUUUGCCCUCCUCCGCCACCCUCGGCCCCCCCGCCCCGCCUCCUUUUGUCGAUAAUCUUCCUCCACCUCCGCCGCUUCCUAGCUUCUCCGGCUCCCCUCUACAGCGCGCCGCCAGCAUGCCCGAGAUCAAACCCGAACCGAAGCCCCUGCCCAAGUCCAAGACCAAGCCCAAGCCCAUCAUCGAGGAGGACGAGGACGAUGAGGUGAUUGAGAGCGAGAGCUUGAGGCGGAGGAGCAGGAGCAGCCGGGGUAAAAGAGGGGUUGUGGAGAAAGAUCACAAUUCGGAUGGUCCACCGCCAGUUUCAUCUCCGGCGCCGCCGGUUUCGGUGGAGAGCCGGAUGGUGCCGCCGUUGCCACAGCAUCAGGACAGCCCUUUUGACUACUUUUUCUCAGUGGAUAAUAUGCCGGCGUCGACGUUGGCAGACGCCGAAGAGAUUGAGCGAAAGGUGUACGACGAAAGGCCGCCAACGAGAGUAGAGAGUAUUGAAGAAGAGGAGGAGUUGGACGAAAGUCCGAAGAGAGUGGAAAAGGAUGAAGAGGAAGAGGUGGAGAGGAGUUCGAAAGUCGAGGAGGUGGUAAUGGAGCCGCCGCCUGCGGUGGCGGAGGUGGUGCCCGGGGGGUCCACUGGAAAUAGCCCGAAGAAGCCGAAGGCGGCGGGAUCAAAGGGGACUGUGAAUUUGGUGCAGAUAUUUGGGGAGCUUGAUGACCAUUUUCUCAAGGCUUCGGAGAGUGCCCAUGAUGUUUCCAAGAUGUUGGAGGCCACGCGGCUCCACUAUCACUCCAAUUUUGCUGAUAAUCGAGGGCAUAUUGAUCACUCUGCUAGACUGAUGCGUGUUAUUACAUGGAAUCGGUCUUUUCGAGGAUUGACGAAUGUGGAUGAGGGCAAGGAUGACUUCGACUUGGAAGAGCACGAAACUCACGCUACCAUCUUGGAUAAAUUGUUGGCGUGGGAGAAAAAGCUAUACGAUGAAGUCAAGGCAGGUGAGCUUAUGAAAUUUGAGUACCAAAAGAAGGUUGCCUCGCUGAACAGGGUGAAGAAACGGGGUACUAACUCCGAAGCAUUGGAGAAGGCAAAAGCAGCUGUAAGUCAUCUGCAUACAAGAUACAUUGUCGACAUGCAGUCCAUGGAUUCAACAGUAGCAGAGAUAAACUCAUUACGAGACGAACAGUUGUACCCAAAACUUGUUCAGCUUGUUGAGGGGAUGGCAAGUAUGUGGGAAACAAUGCGAGCUCACCAUAAGAGCCAAUCGAAUAUUGCAACAGAACUCAGGUUGUUGGACCUCUCCCAAUGUCCCAAGCACACAAGUGAGCAUCACCAUGAGCGCACGAUACAGCUGUUUGGUGUUGUGCAAGUGUGGCACGCUGAGUUUGUGAAGCUUGUGAGUCAACAAAAGGAGUACAUAAAGGCCCUCAACAGUUGGUUAAAACUUAAUCUCAUCCCCAUUGAGAGCAGCUUGAAGGAGAAGGUUUCUUCCCCGCCAAGAAUUCAACGGCCCCCUAUUCAGGGACUCCUCCUUGCAUGGCAUGAUAAUCUUGAGAAACUUCCAGACGAUGUUGCAAGAACUGCUAUACACAACUUUGCUGCUGCAAUCAAUACUAUUAUGAUUCACCAAGAGGAAGAAAUUAAAAUGAAGGAGAAGUGUGAUGACACCCGGAAAGAACUUUCCCGCAAGAUGAGACAGUUCCAAGAAUGGUACGAUAAAAAUAAGCACAAGACCAUUCCGGACGAAGGAGAUACAGAUAGGCCAGAAGGCCACACUCGAAGCGAUGUGCUUGCAGAAAAGCAGUUUGCUGUGGAGAUGGUGAAGAAGAGGUUAGAGGAUGAGGAGGAAACAUAUGAACGGCUAGGCCUUCAGGUGAGAGAGAAGUCGGUAGUAAGUCUUAAAACUCGCUUGCCAGAACUCUUUAGGGCGUUGUCGGAGUUCGCCUAUUCUUGUUCAGAAAUGUACAGAGGCUUGAGGUCCUGAUCAUCCCAUAAUCCAAGUGAGAGCUCAGCAAGAGAAUAGGUUUGUUUAAAUGGAUUUUUCCUGCUUUUAAGUAUAUUUGUAUCUAUUACCAACUUAUAAGUUUGUGCAAUUUUCUUAUGGGACAAAGCCCUCAAAAUCAUAUACAUAAAGUUGUUUCAAUA